AUGGAUUAUGUGCUGUCUUGUAAACGGUGCCAACUGAUGAAAGGGGACACGACAGGAGCAACCCAUCCCAUGGAAAAAAUUCCUGUCUUAGAAACCGGCGAGUUGUGGUCCGUUGACAUCAUGGGCCCCUUUCCGGUGACAACCAGCGGGAAUCAAUACAUCGUGAUAAUGACAGAACACCGGUCGUGGUGGAUCGAGGCGGAAGCCGUGCUUAUUCACUGGGCAACGACGAUCAGCGGAGUGGUAAUGCAUCACAUCGUGGCCAACCAUGGGGUGCCAAAAAUAAUUCUAACCGAUCAGUGGCCUUGCUUCGUGGGCGAAGAGUUUACUGAGUCCCACGUCGUUCGUCCGGGGAAUGGUCUGCCAACGAUACAGGAGGAAAUGUGCCAAGAAAUGGAAAUAACCCACAUGCCACAUGAACAUUUCGCCGAGGAAAACGCCGACUCUGGAUUGUUAACGCGGGACUGGCUACUGAAACCCGCCAGGCCGUUAGAUCUUUCCCAGUUCUGGAACAACAGAUUGCUUCAAGAGACAAAAAUAUUCUAUGAAACGGGUGAACAAAUUGAUUCAAAUCAACGAAAUCUCCAAGUUGUAAUGUAUUUCGCCCUCCCAUUACUACCUGUACUCACUCUAUUCUUAGCCCUCGCGAACGCAGUACACGAGGUGAAAAUUGACGUCUGUCAUUCAGACUUCCUGUGCUCGCCUCCGCACAAAGCCCGGUUUUCACAUCAGCUGAUCGUUUAUUUCGUGCUUACAAGUAUCAGAGCCACGCUGACAUGGCUGGCUGUCCUGACUCGAUAUAUUCCAUUGAAUCAUACCGGUGUGGAACAGCAACCAUACCUUAAUGGUCCGGCGCUGUCUCCCAAGAUGAAUUUAACAGGGUCGGGUGAAAUGGACCAGACACCAGGUUUUGUGACAAAACUUCCAGCAAUACUGACCGUUGAAGCGUCUUUGCGACUGUCCAUUGGCUGGUUUAUUGCGUGGAUUAUGAUUGACCGUUUUGGAAUUUUGAAUAGGUUGACACUUGCUCACCCCGAUUCAGAAACGAUUACCUAUUUUAGACGCAUCGAAAAUAUGUUUCGCAAAAUGGUUCACGGAAUUUGUACUCCGACUGAUCCGCGAUCCGCGAGGCAUUUUGCUGAUAAUGACGAACAACCUCAUUGUGUUGCUUUGGCAGAAGAACAUCACCUUAAUUUAUUUCACCAGACAAGCUGUCAAGAUCGAAUUGACCGAGUGGUAUUCUUCAAACAAGGUCAGCGUGAUGAAGUCCGAAACGAUGCGGCCUGUUGCUGUGGGUACGAAGAAAGAGGUGUGAACUUUAAUGAACAACAAAAGACAUGGAAAAUCACAGACACUGUUGAGCUUUUGGCUCAUGUGCUGAAUGCUAGUGCCGCCAGCUCAAGAAUGUCACAAAAAGAAACCAUCAAAUCAGUAUUUCAACUAUUCAUUAUAACUGCCUUUAUGAUCAGUGUGUCACUUGCUCUAUGUUUGCCACAGUUAUGGGCCUAUCAGUUGGUUCCUGUUCCUGAGGGCACUGAAAAAGUUGCUUCAAAAAUUUGGAUUUUACGGAACAGAGCAUAUCGUCCUAAACUUGUGUUACCCACCGGUAAUUACGAAGAAAUCCAAGAUUCAAGCUCUGCUUCAGACGAUACGUGUUCAAAUAUAUCUGAAAGGAAUGUCACCGAAAUAUGUGAUCAAAUCUCUAACCGUAAUACGGUCAUCCUCGCUGCGGAAAGCAAACCACAUACGGCAUAUUUACCAUGUGUUCCUUCAGAUGAAGAAGAAACAAGUCAGAAUAUCUCACCUCUCCCAACGUCACAUACCCUGUCAGAUGCGGUCAUACAUGGAAAUCGGAAAGUGCCCAGAUAUUUACUCAGCCCUAGAAGGACACGUUCGUAUCGUUCGAAUCCUUCGCCUUACCCUUCCCCAAUGGCCGCCAGGAUGGCUGGUUUUAAAUUCACACGAGAACACAAUAGUUUGCAUAUACCAACAAAUCAGAGCGCUUUCAUCGAGCCAUGUAAUUCAACAGUACUACUGACGUAUUCUCCAAGGUCAAGACAUCCCUGCCGCCCCAGACCAAGAACUGCUGUCCACCAGCUCCCACACAACACCCCAGUGAUGAGCAGUAAGCGAUGGUCGGCAAAUCGAUCUCCACCACCUCUCCCACCUCCACCGAGGCACUUUCCAAGCAUGAUUGGUGACUCUUCUAUAUAUUCUACACCACAUGAAUCACCCAAGUCUGUGCGAGGGUACCAGUAUACCUACAGUACGUUGCAUGGGCCACAAAACUUAAGGCCUGCAAUUUCCACACUCACAUACUGGUUUCGAGUAUAUGGCUGUAAAUUUUACCCUUCAGAUGUUGGAUCCCAUGGUUGCAGUGCCGGUGUCACUGUCAUAGUGGAAUCGGUGUAA